AUGUCUAUUAAAAAACAUAAAGAAAUUAAAUGUCUAAUAAAUAAAAUAAUAAAAGAUCAUUUACAAUAUUCAUGUGCUGUAAAUACACUGGUAAAAUAUACCAGUAAAUUAGAUAAAAAUAUUAUAAAAGAAAUGUCUCUUAGAAUAACACUAAUAAAUAAUAUAAAGGAUAACAGGUCAUAUGAUACAUUUGUAUAUCUAAAAGAGAAUGAACAGGUAGAUGAUGAAUUACUAGUAAAGAUAGCUAAACUUUCAUUUAUAGAUCUUAUAUUAAAUAAUAAGUCAAAUGAGGCUAUCACAUUUGCAGAGAAAUAUUUUGAUAAUUUAUCUGAUAAAUCUUUAAUAUCACUCAUUGGGUACACUCCUGAAGAUAAUAAACAUUUAAACAUUCUAAGUCUAGGAAUUGACAGAGUAGAAAUAAUGAGUCUUAUAAAUUCUCUUUUGUUUAAAAAAUCUACUGGUAAAUCAGAGUCAUUACUUCACAGUACACUGUCUUAUUAUGAGACAUUAAGAAAUAACAAAGAAAUGUAA